AUGGCUCUUUUAGGGCUUCCUGUUCUUGUCAUCGAAAAUAUAUUUUCUUACUUGUCCUACGAUGAAAUUGCUAAGAACAGACUGGUGUCAAAAGCUUUUAAUGAAAUAUGCAUGAGAAUGUUAAACAGAGGCUUUCAUAUGAUUGAGAGGCGACACGCGCAGGCACUCAAAAGUGUUAAGGCUCAGCUGCCUCGGAGGGAAUCAGAACGCAGAUACCAUCCACUGGCAAGGCAUUGUGACAUACUAACAUCUAUAGAGACCCGUAUAUCAAUGCUCAAUAUGACGUACACCAAGUUCAUAGACAAUGGUAUAUGCUCCUUCAUACCAGGAAAGGUGAUCGACGAGAUAAGACGCGUGCUGUUUAUCGUCGAGACGUCGAAGAGCCCGCCGCGCGCCCACGAAGUUCUGCAAGAGCUGCGAGAUAUAUCCAGCAUGGCGAUCGAGCACUUCGACGACAAGAUCUCGCCGGCCUUCCGGAAACGCCUGCAGGAGGGUGUCGCGCAGCCGUGCCCGCGACCCACGCCGACCGUCCUGACACCCAUUGCGGUCCGACAAGAGAUGCUUCACCUACGCCGGAGGUCGAUCCUGAACGCGAAACUGUCCCUAUACCUCGCAUCGCAAUACAAGAAAUACCAUCAACGGAUGAUGGACUACAAAAAGAUAGCGUGUAAACAACACAAGGCGAUACAGGAGAUGACCAAACGACAGCGACAGCAAGAUAAUUCUAUAGCCGAUCUCAAGAAACGCAUAGAGGAGUGCGAUAUAAAGUACACCGAACUGACUCACACCAACCAGGCGGUUGGAGGGAAAGCUAUCGCAGCAACAGCGAGUGACGCCGCGUCGUCGUCCCAACCGCUUCGGCAUUUCGGGAGUCAGAUCAAAUUGGACCUCUCUGUGCUGCCCAUUGGUACAUCAAAAAGAAACCAGUCUAAAACGCUGCCAAACAUGAAACCACGGAAACCUCUCAUAAAAUUGCCGAGUCUUUCAGAAGACCUCGAUUCGAACUCGGAACAGACCACCGCGCCCUCCACGUCCAAUCAGAGCCCGAGGACAAAGAGCCAAUCAACGAUGGCCAAAAUCCGGGGAAUCACCAACGAGAUACGCCAUCUAUCGAACCUGUCCAAAAACUUCGAAGGCAAAUUGAAACGUAUGGCAAACACAGAGCAAGAGGAAGUCGAGGCUAAGAAAUUGAAAACAGACUAAAUUCAUUUUUGUGUUUUUAGUGAAAGUGUCUAUACUUAUUUUUUAGUUGUAGAGUUUUUUAAGCUCGCCCGGGAAAGUACUCAUCAUUCAGGCCUCGUUGAGUUUGUUAGACGAAUCAAACAUUGUCUCUGAGGCAUUUUCUCCUGAGACUUUACAAACCAAUUCGUGAGUGUCAAUUCCGAUCGCACUUGCUACAGCAAAAACUGACAACCACUGACGCAUUCGCGACACUGAUCCGCCAUUUUUCUCUCCUUUCUUCUCAAUGCAAGAACAUCGAACAAUUCGGUAUCCAUUGAAUUAAGAAUUUUCAUUCAGCCAUUAUUGUAUGCAGUACAUUGUGUCAAAAGCAGUGAAAACGUCCCGCGCACGAAUCACUUGACGACCGCGGAAUGUUGCUAGCUCACAAACUUUUUCCCAUUUUGCCAUUUUAUGGUGAACGUGAAUCGAGGGCAAAUAAUCUCUUGGCGCAGCCUUUAAAGCGUAGCCGCGGUCUAUCCACAUAUCUCUUUGCGUUUGCUACUGCCCCAAGAAGGACCUGCCUCGUUAAACGAGAAGGAGUCAUUCUAUAAACUUCGUAGCAAACGCAAACGUCUUUGAAUUAACAAGAAACGCAAUAGAUAACAUUAAAAAAAAAAAAUCUAGUUUUGGUGUGCAAAGGCGGCUUUAUCGCUAAAGCGAUCUCUCCCUCACAACCUUUGUUCUCGUACGUAUUAUAAAAUUUUCGUUGGUCUCCCAGUCCGUACAUGGAAUGCCCAAAAUUUUGCGUAAUAUUUUGGGCACAUUUGGAUUGUGAAAGGCACUUAGCCGAAGUACUACCGCGAUGAUUAUUGAAAUGCUGUGUUCGGGUCUAAAGAGCGUGAAUGCCGGUGUAAUAUUGCAUACAAGCAGUCGUUACUUUACGAAAUUCCAUGAUAUGUUAUGAAACUUAAGCUUAAUUUGCUAUACUCCGCGAAAAGCAGG